UGCCACCUGUCAGUGUCCAUCAGUGCAAGCUGUCAGUGCUCAUCCAUGCCAACUGCCAGUGCCCAUCAGUGCCACAUCAAUGCUACAUAUCAGUGCCUACCAGUGUAUAUCAAUGCCAUAUAUCAGUGCCCAUCAGAGCUGCCUUUCAGUGUCACCCAUCAAUGCCAGUCAGUGCCACCUAUCAAUGCCAGUCAUAAGUGCUGCCUAUCAGUGUCUGUCAGUGCUGCCUAUCAGUGCCAGUCAGUGCCACCUAACAGUGCCAGUCAGUGCCACCUAUCAGUGCCAGUCAGUGCCGCCUAUCAGUGCCACCUAUCAGUGCCA